AGGGUUCUGAAGUCCAGGCAUACGCUGUGAUACGCUGCUUGCUUGCUUGGCUUUUUCUUGUUCGACCUCGCCUCGUGUUGCCUUUCGUGGUCGGAAUUUUUACCCUCCGAAUUUAGACAAUUUAUCUGAAAUCUCGGCCUUUUUCUGAUCUACAUGCAUUACUCUUCGAGGUAUAAGUAAUGGAAGGUCAUCACCAGCAGUCUAAUGCAACCAAUAUGCACCAGCAGCACACAAAUCCAGAACCAACCACUAAAAAUCGUAGUGCAGGAGGAGGAGGUGCAGGCAAAACAAGUAAAAAGAGGAAAAGGAAUCAAGAUCUUGGUCCAGGAGCCCCUCGUCAACCUGUUAAUGGUUAUGUACGGUUCCUAAACGAAAGAAGAGAACAAGUACGAGCUGCCAAUCCAAGUGCAGGUUUUGCUGAUAUUAUGAAAAUAAUGGCCCAAGAAUGGACUCAACUACCUGCUGAGGAAAAACAAAAAUAUAUGCAAGCUGCUGAACAGGACCGUCAACGCUAUCAAAAAGAAUUGCAAGAAUAUCAACAGACAGAAGCUUACAAAAGCUAUGUUCAACAGCAACAACAGCAACAUGUUCAACAACAAUUACAUUUGCAACAACAACAAAGACAAGCUAUGCAAGCUACUCAUCAAUCUCAGUCACAGCAACAACCGGCGGCACAUUCAUCUCACAGCCAAGUCCAGGCUCAGCCAUACAUUCAACAAAUCCAGAGUUACAACCCCCAGUUGCAUAUUGUCCAACAUAUGCAGCCAGGGCAACAUCAACAGCAUGGCGAUAGAAGUAACAAUGCCGCUGGUCACCGUCCUGAUGGGUCAGGAAAUCAAGUCGGUGUGUUCGACAUUCCCAUCUUCACGGAAGAAUUUCUCGAUCACAACAAAGUCCGAGAAACAGAGCUGCGGCAGCUGCGGAAAGCUUCAGCCGAGUACGAGGAGCAGAAUAGCGCCCUGCGGAAGCACGUCGAGACUCUUCAAGCGGCCGUCAGUCGACUGGAAGCGGAAACAGAGCAGCAGCGACGACACAGCGCCGCGCUACAGCAUCACCUCGACAGCCUGCGCGAUGUGCUGGCCAACAGUUUUGCCCAUUUGCCCCUUCCAGGUUAUAAUGAGACUCCGACGUCACAAACGGUGGAUAACUACAUGGCCCAUUUGCGCUCCAUAAUCCAGGAAGGAUCGCCUGAAAAUGCUGGAUUGAUUGCCGCCGCUCGCGAUAUCAUAUCGCGUCUGAAUUAUUCCGCCUAAUAUCUUCUGAUUUGACUACGACCCGCCACACUGACAGUUUUCUCUUCCUCUUCCGCAAGAAAAAGUAUUACUACUUCAACCAACAAUAUCGUCGCUCCGCUUAGUCUCUACCAGCUGUGUUUUUCUUUCAAGUCUAUCACACGCGGUUGGACUCGACGUUUGGGAUUCUUCUGGAUCCUAGCUAGCUUUCACGAAUUCUCUGCGGCAACUUUGUUUUCUUUUUAAAUUUUGAUUUCCCGCAUAGAUCAACGUUUUGUUGUGAGAGUACAAAUAGUAGCGCGACUGGUACCCCCUUGUCCCAUUCUUCUUUCUCUUAUACAACGUAGAUCGAUUCCAAACUCUUAAAAAAAACUUACAAUGAGACUUCUUCUUUGCCUGCGUGCUUACAGUGAACAUCCUGCUCGUUCACCCUUACCUUCGUAUCACGAGUAUUCUACCUGGUUGUAUGAUUUGUGUGCUUGUUUCCCCUACUACUCCCCCAUUACUACGAAAUUCAGACUGAACAAAAUCGGACAUAUUUCUCUCCCUCGAAUCUUCCUUUUUUUCCUGUAAAGCCUCAUUUGUAAUCCUUUCCGCAGUUUUUUUUAUGUUGAGCGAUUUUUAAAUUUUUUCUUUCUUUUUCGUCUGUAGAAAAAUGAUACUGAAAAUCGGUAGGAAGGAAAAGUUCCGAGUGCUUCGGAACCAGUCUGUCUAAAAGAAGAUAACAAAAACACACUAUAUACCUAGCAAUACGACAUUCAUGAAAACGCGACUAGAUAUACAAAAUUAAAAACAAAACGAAAUUUAGCUGACUGGUUUCGAGUGAAUUUAGAGCUGUCACUAUGAAAAAGAGGAAAGUUUGAUUGAAAAUUGUGUGCCAUGGGUCAUCCUAAAAAGAUCACGCUAGCUCUUUGAAAGGCUCUUGUUUUUUUGCUCGUUUCGUUCCCCCUCCCUACCCCCUCCUUUUAAUUAAAUGCAUAUUGCCGUUAUGUUGAAGUGCUGAUCCCAAGUGAUGAAAUUCUUGCGACCUGUCCGCUCGUCCGAUUUUGUCUUUUGGUUUGCUUCCAUCUCGCCCUGAUAUUAUUAGAUGAUGAAUUUGGUUGAG